UCAUUUACUUAACAUCACUUCCCCACCGCCGGGAAAGCAAACACUCCUCCUGGAGCUGCAGAGGAGCAAGAAGUAAGAUCGAUGCCGACUGCGUGUCUGCAGAAAGCCGUCACCUGGACCUGCAGACCGACAGCGACUAUUUUUUAAUUUCUUUAAAUCUCUCCUCAAACACGCUGAGGGGCUCCGAGUCGACGGGAGCGCUCACUUUGGGACGCUUGGAGAAGUUUGCGGGGAAGCUCCUCCAGGCAUGGAGUGGCAGCUCCUCUGAUUGACGGCCGGUGGAUCUUUCUUGCAUUCUCUAUAAAUAAUGCUGCCAAAAAUCUGAUGAAAGCAGAAGGCAGGUCUUCAAGGAUCAGUGAACUCCAUAUUUGGGCCCUGAUUGUUUCCACAGGAGAGUUGACAUACUCAGAGGAACCUGAUUUAAGAGGAGGGUGACAGGAUAAAGAAGAUACGGCUCUCUCAAUAGGAGCAGGAUCAAAGCCAUGGCUGCAUACGGUCAGACUCAAUACAGCCCUGCCCUUCAACCUGCAGUACCAUACACAGCUUAUACACACCACACACAAGGCUACAGCAUGCCCUCUUACAACAUCAAAACAGAGGAUGGUUUGAGUCACUCUCCAGGACAAACAGGACUCCUGGGCUACUCAAACUUCAGCGGCACCCCUCCGAGUCAAAGUCUCUACAGCUACUCACACACACAUGGUGCAGGUAUUUCAUCUGGAAUUUUUCAAGGUACUCAUGCAAUCUCAAGUUCAACCCCAUUCAACCCAACCCAACAAGAAUUUUCUGCAUAUUCCAGCUACAGUCAGAGCCAGUACUCUCCCUAUUAUAAUUCACAUCACUACAACAGUCCCUACAUAACCAGCAGCAACAUCAGCCCUGCAGCAAUCACAGCUCCUUUAUCCUAUCAGCACCCAGAGCACCCAGUUAUGAUGCCCAAUCACAGCCCAGAGCCACAUACAGCAGAUUACAAUCCACCACCCAGUCCGCCAACACCGGGUAAAGAAGAGGGAAUCCCAGGACGGAGGGGAUCUGACAGCAAGUUGAGAGGAAGAAAAAGAGUUAUUGAACCCGCUCCCCCUCUUGACUCUGAUAUAGAGCGUGUGUUUAUCUGGGAUCUGGAUGAAACCAUCAUCAUUUUCCAUUCUCUCCUCACUGGAACUUUCUCCUCACGGUUUGGCAAGGACUCAUCAAAGGCAGUGUCUCUGGGUUUGUGGAUGGAAGAAAUGAUCUUCAAUCUAGCUGACUCAAGACUCUUUUUCAAUGACCUGGAGGAAUGUGACCAGGUUCAUAUUGAUGACGUGGCAUCAGAUGACAAUGGACAGGACCUGAGCACUUACAACUUUGGGUCGGAUGGCUUCCAGAGCCCAGCAGGAGCAGGAUCUUUGUGCCUGGGGUCAGGGGUCCACGGAGGGGUGGACUGGAUGAGGAAACUGGCUUUCCGAUACCGCAGAGUCAAGGAGAUCUACAACACUUACAAAAAUAAUGUUGGAGGACUGCUGGCCAGUCCCAAGCGAGAGGAAUGGUUACAGCUGAGGAGAGAGAUGGAAGUCCUCACUGACCUGUGGCUGACUCAAGCACUAAAAGCCCUGGCUCUAAUCAACUCCAGGCCUAACUGUGUGAAUGUGUUGGUGACCACCACCCAACUUAUCCCUGCUCUCUCCAAGGUGUUACUCUACGGUCUUGGCUCAGCCUUCCCAAUAGAGAACAUUUACAGUGCAACAAAGACAGGAAAGGAGAGCUGCUUUGAGCGUGUAUCUCAGAGGUUUGGUCGCAGAGCGGUCUAUGUGGUAAUAGGAGAUGGAGCCGAAGAGGAGACCGUAGCCAAAAAGAAGAACAUGCCAUUCUGGAGGGUGUCUUGUCGGGCAGAUCUGGAGGCUUUGAGCCAUGCACUGGAGAUGGACUACCUCUAGAGGGCAGCAGCUAUCAACAUCUGUGCUCUUUAAUUUCUGAGUGCAUUUGUGAACCAGCCUGUUGGGACUAAUGUGGAGUCAAUAUUGCUGAGCACCGCAGCAGAGACAUUAACAGCAGGCAUGUGGAAGAGUGAAGAGUUUGAAGCAUAGUGCAUAAAAGGACGGAAACAUGAAGUCAAAAGGGCUUCAAUCAAACUGUGUGGAAGGAAAAAGGGACCAAAGUUUAACUAAUCCCAGGGAACCAUGGUUAGUACAGCAAGUAUUAAACAAAAUAUGAAAAGCAACUUUUUUUUCCUUUUUUUGACUUCAUCUCAAGUUCUUGGAAUUGUGUCCCAAUUGUUGCACUGAAUGCAAAUUCUAACUUUCUGUUUAAUGAACUCAAUAUUAGAAUCAACAUAGAUGAAAUGUUUAGAUUCUUCAAGCUUGUCCUGCUAUGUGGAGAGAUCAUUCCUCUGGACAAUACUAUUUUUAGACCAAGAAAACUUUAUGCAAUACACAACUGCUUACUUCCACUAAAAUUGUUGCUAGUUCGUGUCAUGUCAUGUUAAAUCAUAGUUUUUCUUAUAUUUAGACAUGGUCUACAAUUUGUCACCAGAAUGAUGGUUAUUUAUUAUGGGUUUAAAUUUGCAACACAGUAAGUUAGUAUGACAGUUUGUAUGUGUGUGUAAACAAAAUCAUUUAUUGAGGCUAGAGCUGUGUUCUUGUAAAAAUGUCUUGUAAGAUGUUGCCAUGCAGAUGCUGUAUUUUAGACUGGUGGUUGAAAACUUACAUUUGAUUCUGGGUUGUAAAUUGAUUUCCUUUCUGCUUUAAUUUCCCAUUAACCUGUUUGUAAUGUAGAUAAACUGUUAUGGCUAUGAUUGUGCAUGUGCUGAUUACAAAGCCUGUGAGCUUAGUCAUGGUUUGUAUAUAAUGCCUUAUUGUCCAUUUCUUCUGACAGUUUAAGUAGAACUGAUUAAAAAAAAUAAAUUAAUUGCAUUUUGGGGGGA